AUGGACCAGUUUGAACCCACAGAAGGAGCCAGUUUGGCAGAAGGAUGGGAUGGGCAGCUCGUGAACGAUCGAGUUGGACCCACCGAAGGAGUUGGUUUGGCAGCAGGAUCUGAGCAGCUUGUGGAUGAUGAAGUUAACAGACAGGAAGAGCUUGAGACUGCUUCAAUGGCGCUCACAGACAUGGAAGCUCGACCCAGCAACACCCGGCAGAGUGGUCGGCUAUCAUUUUUCCCAAAGGAAAAGCAAGGUAAAAUCAAUGGAAACCUGGACAAGUCUGACGAAAAACAAGUAGCAGCAGACAGCAAAACCUCAGCAAAUCACAAACAAGCAAUUCAAUCCAGACGGGCACCGGCAGAAGCGGUAGCCACUGGAGUCGUUACAGCCAAUCAACUGGAAAAAGAGGGUAGAACCUUCGAAGCUAUCAUUGCUACUGAGAAGACUGUAGAAAAUGAGGUUGUGAAUAUAUUUGUUGCUCGUAAGAAUGCUGAGAACAACAAUAAUCACAGAGGCUUUGGUCAACCAGGUGCCUACGCAAUGGGAGGAGUACCAGGACCAAUACUAACGGAAGAGAACGAUAGAAUUGAGCAAGAAGAGGAAGAGCAGCGAGAAAGCCACAUUGUUAAUGUACCACGGGAUCUCACUGGAUCAGCAAUCUUCAGCCUAUUACAGACACAGUUGCCAGAACCACUACCAGCCACUAGACUUCAAAGAGAUAGAAAUGUCCAGACAAACCAAGAACCAGGGGCCUAUCCAGUGAGACCUCGCGGGAACAACCAAGAGACAUCUCACAUGCGGGAAGUUUUUAACAACCCAGAGACUUCUAAUAUGUUGGAAGUUGGAAACAUGCCAAGUGGGGCUGGUGAUAAUAGUGUACAGCCUUUUGUUGUUGUCCAGGAAGAAGGGCUGGUAGAAGCCAGAGCUGUGGACGAUGAAGACCUCGGGCAAGCUCUGACAGAAGCACGAGCAGUGGAACCAAAAUCUAGGAAUCAUGACCCAGUUCCUUACAGGCCACUGGGAGUAGGAUUGCUUUUGG